AUGGCGCUGGAUAUCUGCGAGCUAAAUGCUUUGAAGGCCAAGUUGAACUAUUCGCUUCUGGACCAUCUCGUGCUGAAGCGGGAAGUUGAGUUUUCGCUGGUCGAUGGCACUGAGGUCUACAUCAAUGAGCCAGCAGACCUGCAGACUUCGCCAAGCUUUUUGCUGCGAAAUACGUUUAGCUGCCGACGGGUCUUUGCAGUGCAGCAGGUUCCUCAGGCUGCCAUCUUGCCGUACCAUCGAUGGUUCAUGGCGCUUAAGAGAGGUUGUCCAGGCGACCUCCAGCGUAGCAACUACAGCUAUGUCAGCGGUCUGUUCGUCCGACCGUCGCUGGCAGAGAAUGCAACGCAUCCUGUGGCUUUGAGGGAGGAGAGCAUCGUGAAAGUCUGGCUGCCGUAUCUGGCGCAGAACCGUACUUCCAUUGUACGCACGACCCCUUCACUCGAGAAAUACACCGACUCCCUGGGGGGUCGACUCGGAGCCCCCUGGGAGGACACCUUCUUUUUGGACGAUACCACCAUCGUGCCACAGGCGGCGCAACAGGACGUCCCAAAGGUGCAGCAGCUGCCAGCGAUAGGGAAUUUCCUCAAGAUCGUAAUUCCUAUCCCGACGACGCAGGUCAAGGUUCACCAUCAUAUCAACGACAUCGUGAAUGACACCAUCAGCUGGCUUGGGCGCAUGGCAUCUGCCACCUUCCUCUUUGGGCUGCUCCAGGUCAUCUUCCCGUCUACGCGAAAAGACAAGCUCCACUUGCACUUCCACAUCCCUUCGCUGGGACUCGGUACCCCUGGCGAACUGGAUCCGCUCCUUGCCGAGCAGCCGGAAACAGCGUGA